UUUGGUUGUGUUAAGUAAAGCAAAUAAAGCAUGGGUUUGUUUUUGUUAGGUACUCGAAGGAAUAUGGAAAAGCGGUAGAAUAGUGAUUUGCUCAUUUGUUCGAAGCAUUUUAUUGUAGUUCAAGAAUGUCAAGACCAGAACACCAAGCGCCUCCUGAGGUGUUUUACAAUGAGCAGGAGGCAAAGAAAUACACCCAAAACUCCAGAAUGAUUGAUAUUCAAGUGCAGAUGUCCGAACGUGCAAUAGAGCUUUUAGCACUACCAGAUGACAAUCCAUGCUUGCUUCUGGACCUGGGCUGUGGAUCGGGAUUAAGUGGUAGUGUGCUUGAAGAUGCAGGGCACAUAUGGAUUGGUGUUGAUAUAGCCCAGGCCAUGUUAGAAAUUGCACUAGAGAGGGAGGUGGAAGGUGAUUUGAUUCUUGGUGACCUUGGCCAUGGAGUACCAUUCCGAGCUGGCUCGUUUGAUGGGGCUGUCAGUAUUAGUGCCCUACAGUGGUUAUGCAAUGCUGAUAAAAGAAGUCACAAUCCUGUUAAACGACUGUACAAGUUUUUCAGUACAUUAUACGCAUGUCUGAACCGAACAGCAAGGGCUGUUCUUCAGUUUUACCCUGAGAACAGUGAUCAAAUUGAGCUAGUUACAACACAAGCCAUGAAGGCAGGAUUCUUUGGAGGACUUGUUGUGGACUACCCAAACAGCACAAAGGCAAAAAAAUUCUUCCUAGUUUUGAUGACAGGAGCAGCAGUACCGUUACCGAAAGCCCUUGGUUCUGAUGAGGAUGCCAACGGAGUGUCAUACACCAGUAAAAGGGAACAAAUGAAGAAAAUCCGUGGAAAAUCUCUCAAAAAAAGUAGAGACUGGAUUUUAGAAAAGAAAGAACGGAGGAGAAGACAGGGCAGAGAAACAAGGAUAGACACAAAAUACACUGGUCGUAAGAGAUCUGGAAGGUUUUAAAAAACGAAUGCCAAAACCAUGUACAGUAUCUGAACUUGUAUUGAUAUUAAACCAGUAUGUUUUCGUACAUAAAAGCAUUUUCUUAAAUA